CAAUGGACUUUUUGAAAUGACCUCAAAGAGUUCUCCCUUUCUGCAGCCCCCUGCCUCGGCUGUCUAAUUCAAACUCUCAUUUCUCUCAUCCACCCUUGCUCAGUUUUUCCUUCUUUGAAACAGCAUGUUGAAUCCAGGUAUUCUCCUGUGUGGUCUUAUGGCUUUAGAUGAUGAUGAGUUAGAGGAAGAAGAAGAAGAGGCAUUAGAAGUUGUGAGGUUUGCAGGCCUUCUGUUCAAGAGCCCACCUCAACUGCUUCAUUACGUUAGUACCUCACUGCCUCCCGCCUACCAAGAUGAAGAAGAUGAGGAGGAAGAGAGAACUGAUAUUCGAGAACUGGCUGCUUUUCCCAAAGUUGUCUGUGUAGGUGACACCUUCGGGCCUGAUUGCAGCUUGAGCUGUGAGGACUGCAUGAACGGAGGCAGAUGCCGGGGAGGGGAGCCUGGGUGCUCCUGCCCAGCAGGCUGGAGUGGCGUUCUGUGUAAUGAAAGUAAGUGAUACCCUGAAGAAUUGGUAAGAGGGUCAUAUGUUCUCCUGGCAAACUACCAGUGGGUUCUCCUAGACUGUGUUCUCCCUACAACGUUUUAACAAGGAAAGCCAUUGAC